GGCAUCUCAGUCAAAUUACAAGUUUUUUUUUAUAUUCAUCCGGGGAUGAACAUACAAGAAAUGAAGAAAGUACUAGUAAAUUCUUAAUCUCUUUGGUUUUUUUGUUUCCUCAACUCUUUUCUUAUAAACUCGAGAAAUGGAAGGGCUAUACUAAUUAGGUGUCAUUGAAUCUUGAUAUGUCAACAAGAUUUACGUGUCGAUUAUAAUAAGAAACAGAGAAAAACUUGAUAUGGUAUUGAGUGUUGUCUACUGACUAUCGAAUCUUACCAAAACAAAAAAAAGUGUACGGAUCCCACUUGUUGUCAUAAGUCGUAACCACGCGUACUUCCUUGUGGAGUUGUGGGCUCCUUGUUUUAUCUUUACCGUUAAGUUGGCCACUUGGCCCUAUUUCACAAUCGCUUCUUCUUUACUACUCCGGGGAUUAUGAUUAUUUUGGUAGAGAACUUUUCUAUUACGUUUUGGCUUAUUACUAAGUUUUAAGCUGAGGACAAGAAAAUUGAAAGUUUUUUUUACGUAUCAUUUACUGCUAAUUUUAGAAGAAUAUCUGAUUUAGCUUUUCCUACGCAUUUUAACUUCCCUAAUUAGAAGAAAUAAAAUAACUUGGAGUUGAAGUUUUCUGUAAACGAAGAUUUAGUUAAAGGGAGGGAAAGAGGGAAUUGUGGUAAACUUUUGAUAAGUACGCUUUACUUCUUAUAUUUUCGAUAGAAAAUCGACACAUGUAGAUUAGAUUGCCAAAGCAUUAACUACCAAAUUAGAAAACAAAAUUCAAUAAUUAUAUACUCCAUUAUUCCUUAGAACAACCCCUUCCCUUUUUAGUCAAAACUUGUAAUCAUCAUUUGUUAAAAUCUUUCCCAAAAAAGAUAGUUUUGGCAUUUGCAUUAAUGAAAAAAAAUGAAGGAAAAAGAUUUGCAUUAAUUCAAUAUUUCUCUGACAUUUGACCAAACGCCAUGUAGUGUGUAUAAAUAUAUCUCUGCAUGUAAAUUGUUGAUGUUGGCAUUAUAGAUAGGGAGAGAAGAGACGUAACAGAGAGAGGCAGGAGAUGGCGGCUGAAACAGCAAGUGGCAGCAACAGAAGUAUCUCAAACUCUCCUCUCAUAGAAAACUCUGAUUCUAAUCAGAUUCUUGUCCCUGAGAAAAAGAGCUGGAAAAACUUCUUCUCAUACUUAGGCCCUGGAUUUCUUGUCUCAAUUGCUUACAUUGAUCCUGGAAACUUUGAAACUGAUCUGCAAUCAGGAGCUCAAUACAAGUAUGAGUUACUCUGGAUCAUAUUGGUGGCAUCAUGUGCAGCUUUAGUGAUUCAAUCUCUGGCUGCAAAUCUUGGUGUUGUCACAGGAAAGCACUUAGCAGAGCAUUGUAGAGCUGAGUACUCCAAGGUUCCAAACUUUAUGUUAUGGGUAGUUGCUGAAAUCGCUGUAGUAGCUUGUGAUAUUCCAGAAGUAAUUGGAACAGCAUUUGCUUUAAACAUGCUAUUCAAUAUCCCGGUUUGGAUUGGUGUUCUUCUCACAGGACUUAGUACAUUGAUUCUUCUAGCACUUCAACAAUAUGGGAUUAGAAAGCUCGAGUUCUUGAUCGCUUUUCUUGUGUUCACCAUUGCCCUAUGCUUCUUUGUUGAGCUUCAUUACUCAAAGCCAGACCCAAAAGAAGUCCUCUAUGGUCUCUUUGUUCCUCAGUUGAAGGGUAAUGGUGCAACUGGUUUAGCGAUAUCUCUCCUCGGUGCCAUGGUUAUGCCGCACAAUCUCUUUCUCCACUCAGCUUUAGUUCUCUCUAGGAAAAUUCCUCGUUCAGUAACCGGCAUCAAGGAAGCUUGUCGGUAUUACUUGAUAGAAAGCGGAUUAGCACUUAUGGUGGCAUUUCUCAUCAAUGUCUCUGUGAUAUCAGUGAGUGGUGCAGUUUGUAAUGCCUCAGAUUUGAGUCCAGAAGAUCGAGCUAGUUGCCAAGAUUUGGACUUAAACAAAGCUUCAUUUCUGCUACGUAACGUUGUGGGUAAAUGGAGCUCAAAGCUAUUUGCAAUUGCGUUGCUUGCUUCCGGUCAGAGUUCAACCAUAACCGGAACAUAUGCUGGACAAUACGUUAUGCAGGGGUUUCUUGAUUUAAGACUAGAACCAUGGCUCAGAAACUUCCUAACCAGAUGCUUGGCUAUAAUCCCAAGUUUGAUCGUUGCUUUGAUAGGUGGCUCAGCUGGAGCCGGAAAGUUAAUCAUCAUUGCCUCGAUGAUCUUAUCCUUUGAACUCCCAUUUGCUUUAGUCCCACUUCUCAAAUUCACAAGCAGUAAAACCAAAAUGGGCUCACACGCCAAUUCACUUGUGAUUUCAUCGGUGACUUGGAUAAUUGGUGGACUUAUUAUGGGUAUAAACAUUUACUAUCUUGUAAGCAGCUUCAUCAAGUUGCUUCUCCAUAGUCACAUGAACCUUGUAGCCAUUGUUUUCUUAGGAGUUCUUGGAUUCUCAGGCAUUGCCACUUACUUAGCUGCCAUCAGUUACCUUGUCCUCCGUAAAAACAGAGAGUCCUCGUCCACACAUUUCCUAGACUUCAGUAACUCUCAGACCGAGGAAACACUUCCUAGAGAAGAUAUUGCCAACAUGCAGUUACCUAAUAGAGUAGCGGUUAUAGGAGACUUAAAUUGAAGAAUUAGAACAUUUCAGAUAGAAGAAAUAGUGUUUACUUAUUGUAAUCUAUUGCAUAGAAUAAAAAUGAAGUUGUUUACUUAAGUGUAAUCUAUUACAUAGAUCAAACAUGAAGACUUGACUACAAAAUCCAUCAAACGGUUUGGCCAAAGAACUGAGUGUACAGAUUCAUAACCAGACGAGACAUAUUGAAACAGAGGUUUCACAUAACCAGAGACAACAAACAAAAGCAACUUCAAUGGUUAAGGAUACUUAAGGGGGAUACUUGAGGGAAUUAAUAAGCUUUUCAAGACCCGAUCUUAAUGCCAUUUUCCACGGAUUCUUGCGAUGCUGAAGGAGGAGGAGGAGGAGGAGCAAGAUGGCCUUUCUCUUGUAAGCUCUUGACUGUGUCGUAGAGGCUUUGCUUGGUGGAAGUGAACUCUAAGCCUAAGUCCUUAAUCUUCUGGUUAGUGAAUUUGUAUGGCUUGGCUCUAGGGUUCUUCUCGUCCUUGCACCUGAAAACAUUAUUAAACCAGAAACAUCGUUGUUACUCAACAA